AUCCUGUUUCAGAUACCAAAAUGUGGAUAAAAUCAUUCGCUUCCUUUAUAGAAUCAAAUGAGUUGACGCCUUUCGCGCUGCAUGAUACUCCCGUCGUGGUAGAUGCCCAAAAUUUCUUUUACAAAACCUACGAGCAGUCAGGCUUGGCUACUACUUGCGGAAUCGAAGGCGACCGCUACGCACGCUACCUCAGACAAUACCUCGGCAUGUUCCAGAAGGCUAAAGUUACAAGCUAUUUCUUAUUUAAAGGAGGCCAUGAAAACAUGGAAAAGAGAUUGACAUAUAACAAUGAUAACUGGCCCUCUCAACCCGUAUUCAUGAAGGAAAUUUAUAAAGAAAUAUUAGACGAAAUGGGCUUCAAAUAUGUUGUCUGCGAGUAUGAAAGCAAAAGGGACGUAGUCGAACUGGCUCAACAUUUGAACUGUCCAGUAAUAAGUCGGGACAUUGAAUUCUGCUUCUCGGGACUUAAGUAUAUACCAAGUACAACACUUAAAUUUGAUACACGCCAGAAUUGCAUUGACUGUGGUUAUUUAAUCUUACUAGCCGACUUUCUCGCGAAAUAUCGUUUGACAGAGGAAAAACUGGCAGUUUUCAUAGCACUGCGGAAUGAACGAAAUAUUCCAGGAGAUAUUUUCAUGGACUUUUUAACAUACUUGAGAGCACCUCUCUUUCCUUACCAUUGCAAUAAGCAUUUGAUAAAGUAUCUCUCUUUAUACAAUAGGGAAACAGUUAUGAAAACUAUUUUCAAGUUCAUAUCUGCUGAAGACAAGAAGAUUUUUAUUGAAGAAGAAGCAAAAGCGCGGCAACUUAUAAGGCGGCGCGAGAGUGGCGGGUUCGGGGCGGCGUGCAUGAUGGAGCCCCGCGCAGCACGCAUUGCGCGCGCCGACCCGCGCUGGUUCGCUAAAGGUGUCGCCUCCGGACACGUCCAUAUUAACUACAUAAACCUCUAUCGCUCUCAAAUUUACUAUGGAGCUGGCCCUAUCCCUGGAUUUGAUAACCCUAUACUUAUAUCUCUGAAUAUUAUUUACUAUGCUUACGACCUGCUGACGGACUUUAAAAACGAGGGGUUUACAUUAAUUUAUGAAACUAAUGUGUCAGACGAGGACAAAAAGACAAUGGAGAUAGUUAGAAGACAUAACAUAUCGAAACCAGCUUACGACGUGGAGGUGUGCGUGUUUGAGAACGGCUGGGACUCGGUACGGGCGCUAGGGCUUUUAGAGCACUUUGGGCGCUCGACGCUUCAACUGCAAAGCCUGCGGCGCCUCGAGGUAGCGCCAGAGCCGGUGCGGCUGGUGCUGCUGGCGCUCGCAUACUACUCGCGGCACAGGCCCUCGGCGCCUACCGCGCUGCCCGCCGCCGUGUUACUCACCUACGUCAUGCUCGACCUGAUCGACGGAAAACCAAAUAACAACAAUCUCGCGAAGCCUUUAGACAGGAAGCUAAUCUUUAACUCCACAAUGGACAGCUUCGAUGCCACUCCGGCUGAAUGCAGAGUUGCGGCUGCUGUAAUGAAGGAAUAUUACCUCAAAGUUCCCGACCGCGACUUCGCACUCCUGGACCAGGAACUGCUCCAUGCGUUGGCCGAGUUCAAAGCGUGCUUGUUGCAGAUGUCUGCGCUGAACAAGCUGUGCGGCGCGGAGUUGCCACCGCCGAUGUUUUCGCGAACCUUCAACGGCACGCUGGCCUAUAAUCUGCUUUACGCCGCAACUCAUGCCCCAAACCAACAACUCUUCCUAGACAACCUGUUAAGCCCUGCUCCCACGGUCUACGCUUUCUUUAAAGGGCUCUUAGAAAUUUAUAGCGACGUUUUAUAAUU